UGGUGUGUUGAAUGAGGAAGGUUAGUAGUGUAAAACGGCACGCGCACAUUCUAACAACCCCUCUUGGUGUCUUGGUUCUUGAUCUUUAAAUAUUACCUAUUGGUUAUUAGCUAUUUGGUUGUUCUUUGAUACUAAUCAUUAGGCAAUCAACAACACACUUUGUAAUUGGCAUCAAAUGGCAACUGAAGCCGAUGCUCCUGUCAUUCCUCUUCUCACUCCCUACAAAAUGGGUAACUUCAAUCUGUCCCAUAGAGUUGUUUUGGCCCCGUUGACCAGAAUGAGAUCUUACAAUAACGUUCCUCAGCCUCAUGCUGUAUUGUAUUACUCUCAGAGAACUUCUCCAGGAGGUCUUUUGAUAAGUGAAGCCACUGGUGUCUCUGACACUGCUCAAGGGUUGGUGCACACACCCGGCAUAUGGACAAAAGAGCAAGUUGAAGCAUGGAAACCCAUUGUGAAUGCAGUUCAUGCCAAAGGUGGUGUAUUCUUUUGUCAGAUUUGGCAUGUUGGAAGGGUCUCAAGUCCAGUUUUUCAGCCAAAUGGGCAAGCACCAAUAUCUUCUACUGACAAGCCACUCAAACAAAAUGGCAUUGAGGAAGCACAAGUCACACCACCAAGGAGGCUAAGGACAGAUGAGAUUCCUCAUAUUGUCAAUGACUUCAGAGUUGCUGCAAGGAAUGCUAUAAAAGCAGGUUUUGAUGGGGUUGAGAUCCACGGUGCUCAUGGCUACUUACUUGAGCAAUUCAUUAAAGACAAAGUGAAUGAUCGAAGUGAUGGAUAUGGUGGAUCCCUUGAGAACCGUUGCCGAUUCGCUCUGGAAGUGGUUGAGGCUGUUGUGAAGGAGAUAGGGGCAGAAAGAGUUGGAGUUAGACUAUCCCCUUUCACAGAGCAUGCAGAGUGUGGAGAUUCAGACCCCAAAGCAUUGGGGCUAUACUUGGCUAAUGCCCUCAGCAAGUAUAACAUUCUCUAUUGUCACAUGGUGGAGCCAAGAAUGAAGAAUGCUCUUGAAGUAGUUGAGUGCCCUCACAGCCUUAUGCCAAUGAGAAAGGCCUUCAAUGGCACUUUUAUUUCUGCAGGAGGUUAUGACAGAAAAGAUGGCAUCGAUGCUGUGGCUAAAAAUAGGACAGAUCUUGUUGCUUAUGGUCGCUUGUUCUUGGCUAAUCCAGACUUGCCAAAGAGAUUUGGGCAAGAUGCGCCUCUCAACAAGUACAACCGUGAGAAUUUCUACACUCAUGACCCAGUUAUCGGUUACACUGACUACCCCUUUCUUGAAUGAAACCAAUGAUUAAGCAUCCACAGGGAAACAUCAUUCUUUUAUGGAAAAUAAUAUUUAGACAUCUAAAAUGCUACAUGAAACUUGUGAGAGAGAUAAAAGAGAAUACUAUAGGUGAUAUAACAUGAUAGAAAGAGAGAAAUAAAGAAAAAUAAUUAGUUUUAAGCUUAGGUGUUUGAAAAAAAUUGUGAUAGAAAAUCAUUAUUCUUCUUUAAUGAAGUGAAUUUGUUUAUGAAAUUAUGUUUCACAUUUUUGCCUACAUAUUAUCCCCAAAUAAAUAAGUUAUAUCUUGUAUUCUUUU